CUGCUCCGGGUGCUGGGGGGUGCUUUGGUGGCUGAUGUCGGCAGCUCUCGGUGACCGUACCGGAGCCGUCCCCUGUGUUUCCCCGGCCCUGCCUGGGUCAGGCAGCCGGGCACCGUCAGGAGCGCUCGCAGCUGCAGAGCGUGUGACACCAGCGAUGGGGAGCAGCUCCUCAUCCUCGGCUCUCCCCAGCCUGCCACAACAAGCCAACAUGGCUGAAGGGAGUGAGUGGACUUGCCCCAUCUGCAGCGAGACCCAAGAUGGCGCCGCUUAUGCGUUCCCCUGUCUCCACCAGUUCUGCCUGGGCUGCAUUGUGCGGUGGGUCAAGAGGAAAGCGUCGUGCCCCCUUUGCAGGCAGACUGUCUGGUCCGUCAUCUACUCUGUGCGGUCAGAGGAAGAUUUUCUGGAGAUGACUUUCUGGCGGCGCUCCUCCCGUCCAUCAGUUGCCCGCCACCAGUACAACAGGCGGGCUGCAGACCCAGUGCCCGCUGUGGGAAAUAGCACACAGAUUGGUUCUCUCCUGGCCAGAGAGAAGAACAUGGUCACAACACGGCCCAGAGGCAGAGUGAUGAGGAAUGUGGGAACCCAGACACAGGUCCUGCACAAACAGGUGGCUGUGCAGGUCUCGGCCUGA